CGCCGGUCGGCAGGGACGACAAUGGCGGGUCUCUGGGCAGGGGCGGCAUCGCUGGUUGCGGCCGGACGGCGUGGGGGGCGGCUGCGGCAGCAGCUGAUGCGGAGCGCGGCGCUGUGGACCCUGCAGCAUGUUCCACACUAUUCAAGACAGCACUUAAUGGUGUCAUGUAGUCUCAGUUCAGUGGGAUAUGAUCCUAAUGAAAAAACAUUUGACAAAAUUCUUGUUGCUAAUAGAGGAGAAAUUGCAUGUAGGGUUAUUAAAACUUGCAAGAGGAUGGGCAUUAAGACUGUUGCCAUCCACAGUGAUGUUGAUGCUAGUUCUGUGCACGUGAAGAUGGCGGAUGAGGCCGUCUGUGUUGGCCCAGCGCCCACCGGUCAAAGCUACCUCAACAUGGAGGCCAUCAUGGAAGCCAUUAGGAAAACCGGGGCCCAAGCUGUACAUCCAGGUUAUGGAUUCCUUUCAGAGAACAAAGAAUUUGCCAGAUGUUUGGCAGCAGAAGAUGUUGUUUUCAUUGGACCUGACACACAUGCUAUUCAAGCCAUGGGUGACAAGAUUGAAAGCAAAUUAUUAGCUAAGAAAGCAAAGGUUAACACAAUCCCUGGCUUUGAUGGGGUAGUCAAGGAUGCAGAUGAAGCUGUCAGAAUUGCAAGGGAAAUUGGCUACCCUGUCAUGAUCAAGGCCUCAGCAGGUGGUGGUGGGAAAGGCAUGCGCAUCGCUUGGGAUAAUGAAGAGACCAGGGAUGGUUUUAGAUUUUCAUCUCAAGAAGCUGCUUCUAGUUUUGGUGAUGAUAGACUACUAAUAGAAAAAUUUAUUGAUAACCCUCGUCAUAUAGAAAUCCAGGUUUUAGGUGAUAAACACGGGAAUGCUUUGUGGCUUAAUGAAAGAGAGUGCUCAAUUCAGAGAAGAAAUCAGAAAGUGGUAGAGGAAGCACCAAGCAUUUUUUUGGAUGCUGAAACUCGAAGAGCGAUGGGAGAACAAGCUGUAGCUCUUGCCAAAGCAGUAAAGUAUUCCUCUGCUGGAACCGUAGAGUUCCUUGUGGACUCCAAAAAGAAUUUUUACUUCUUGGAAAUGAAUACGAGACUUCAGGUUGAACAUCCUGUCACAGAAUGCAUUACUGGCCUGGACCUAGUCCAAGAAAUGAUCCGUGUUGCUAAGGGUUACCCUCUCAGGCACAAACAAGCUGAUAUUCCCAUCAACGGCUGGGCAGUUGAAUGUCGGGUUUAUGCUGAGGACCCCUACAAGUCUUUUGGUUUACCGUCUAUUGGGAGGUUGUCUCAGUACCAAGAACCAACACAUCUACCUGGUGUCCGGGUUGACAGCGGCAUCCAACCGGGAAGUGAUAUUAGCAUUUAUUAUGACCCUAUGAUUUCAAAACUAAUCACAUACGGUUCUGAUAGAACCGAAGCGUUGAAGAGGAUGGAAGAUGCACUGGAUAAUUAUGUUAUUCGAGGUGUUACACAUAAUAUUGCAUUACUUCGAGAAGUGAUAAUCAACUCACGUUUUGUAAAAGGAGACAUCAGUACUAAAUUUCUCUCUGAUGUAUAUCCUGAUGGCUUUAAAGGUCAUUUUGCCCCUUUGGGAUUACCCAUCUGCUUCCCAUCUGUCCAGCUAUCCGAGGCAUUGUUCAUAGGACACGUGUUAACUGAGACUGAGAGGAACCAGUUGUUGGCAAUAGCAUCAUCAUUGUUUGUGGCAUCCCAAUUAAGAGCUCAACAUUUUCAAGAACCUUCAAGAGUCCCUAUUAUUAAACAAGACGUGGUUAACUGGGAGCUCUCAGUAAAGUUGCAUGAUGAAGUUCAUACUGUUGUAGCAUCAAACAGUGGGUCAACGUUCUCUGUGGAAGUUGAUGGAUUGAAACUAAAUGUGACCAGUACGUGGAACCUGGCUUCGUCCUUAUUGUCUGUCAACGUUGAUGGCACUCAGAGGACUGUACAGUGUCUUUCUCGAGAAGCAGGUGGAAACAUGAGCAUUCAGUUUCUUGGUACAGUGUACAAAGUACAUAUCUUAACCAAACUUGCUGCAGAAUUGAACAAAUUUAUGUUGGAAAAAGUGGCUGAGGACACAAGCAGCAUUCUGCGUUCCCCGAUGCCUGGAGUGGUGGUGGCCGUCUCUGUCAAGCCAGGAGACGUGGUAGCAGAAGGUCAGGAAAUUUGUGUGAUUGAAGCCAUGAAAAUGCAGAACAGUAUGACAGCUGGGAAAACCGGCAAGGUGAAAUCCAUGCAUUGUAAAGCCGGAGACACAGUUGGGGAAGGCGAUCUGCUCGUGGAACUGGAAUGAGUAUUUAUAGCCUUUCAGUCAUCACCCAAUUUAAUUAGCCAUUUGUAUUAUUCUUUCACACUCAACUUAUCCAAGCGUGUUACAGGAACACUCCUGUGCAGCAGGUUUUACAUCAUCAUAUUUAUUCCACAUAAGAAUCAAAACCAAGAUUCUGCCAAAAAAUCACCAAUGGAAAUUUUUAUUGAUAUAAAUACUUGUACAUAUGAUUUGUACUUCUGCUGUGAGAAUUCCUAGUGUCAAAAUUAAAUCAAUAAAA